ACGUCAUUCGCGCCGGCCGGAAGCAGCUGUCAGCUGGAAUCAGUCACGUUGUAGUAAUGUGUGAGGUGGAGGAGAGCGGCUGUCAGGAUCUGAAGAGAGAGGAGCCGGCAAGCAGGAUUGGCCAAACAUGCAUGAAAUGCAAGGAAGCCUCAGCUGUCCUGAUCAUCCGUGUGGGAGAUGCCUUCUGCAGGUCGUGCUUCAGAGAAUACUUUGUGCACAAAUUCCGGGCUAUGCUGGGCAAGAACAGAGUCGUCUUCCCAGGAGAGAAGGUUCUCCUGUCCUAUUCGGGGGGGGCGUCAUCUAGUGCUAUGAUCCAGCAGGUUCAAGAGGGAUUGAGCCGUGAUGCUUCUAAGAAGCUGCGUUUUAUACCAGGCAUCCUUUUCAUUGAUGAGGGUGCUGUGUGCGGUCAGACCUGGGAGGACAGGGAACGGGUCAUGUUGGAAAUGAAGAGCAUUUUAAAGGCAACCUCAUUCCCAUUUCAUAUCUUGUCCUUGGAGCAGAUAUUCUCUUUGUCAGGAUCUGUACUUCAGGGAAAUCUCCCCGAGGUUCCUGGGCGGGAAGAGAAUUACAAGCAGGCAGUGGGCAGUUUUUUGGGGCAGCAGAGGGAACAGGAAGAGGACGGGAUAUCGGAUGCCACUGAAAGGCUGGCACAGAUUCACACUGCAGACAACACAUCAGCAGAAUGCAGCCAAUCUCCAACAUUCAUCCGUCCCCCAGCAGAGCACACCACAGCACUGAGGGACAUGAUCAACUCUGCCAGAACACUGACGGCCAAGCAAGAGCUGCUACAUUCACUCCGGAGCCACCUAAUUUUGCACGUGGCACGGACACUCGGUUACUCCAAGGUGAUGAGCGGAGAAAGCUGCACCCGCCUGGCUGUCCGUCUGCUCAGCAAUAUUUCCUUGGGACGUGGCGCCUUUCUGGCUCUGGAUACAGGUUUUGCUGAUAAUCGUUACAGGGAUGUUGUCAUUGUCCGUCCAAUGAGAGAAUACUCCUUAAAGGAAAUUUCCUUCUACAACAGACUUUUUAAUGUUUCAUCGGUCUUCAUCCCAGCAUUGGACACUAAGGCCUCUAACAGCAGUAUUCAGCUUCUAUCCGAAUCCUUCAUCACUAAACUACAAGCGGACUUCCCCUCCACAGUCAGCACGGUGUAUAGGACCAGUGAGAAGCUCCAUGUCUCCAGGACAGACGCCACCCUACAGCAGAGCCAGCGGGAGAGGUGUCUGCUCUGUAUGUGCACAUUGGACACACACACUGGUCCCGCUUCUGCCUUCUCUGCCACACAAGUGUCUCAGCAGCUCUCCGAGAAGAAAUCCUCGCAAAGGGUUAUUCCUGCAAAGGAUUCUGGGAAACAGUGCUGCAGUGGAGGGCAGUGCUGUGAGGAAACGGCUUGCUGUACAAACAGUGUUACAGGGACCCGAGACAUGGCUCCUCUCCUCUGCUACAGCUGCAGGCUAACCGUCAAAGAUCUGAAUUCUAUUGAUAAGUUGCCCAGUUACAUCAUAAAGGAGGCUGAACACAGGACUCGCAG